GUUACGUCACAACAGUUUCAACAUCCCAACCUUAAUUAUCAAUCUGCUUUAUAGCAAGAAAGCUAAACGUACAAAAUGAACAUUUACAACUUCUUGAUCCUCCUCGUUUCCAUGAUUUGCAUGGUUCUCGGAUCAGAAACCAGUAAUGGAGGUGGAUCUAAAGGUGCGGCUACCCGAGUGAAGCGUGGUCAUGGAGGUGGUGGUGGUCAUGGACAUGGUCCAGGCCGAGGGGGAGGAGCUGCAGGUCCAGUCUACUUUUGCGGUUAUGUCGGGAAGACGGAAGGCUAUGGCGGAUACGGCAAAUAGGCGCGGUCAUCAACGGACGCAGAACCCAAAUGGAUGAUAAAGAAUAAGUUGGCAGUGGGUCUAAAAAACAUCAAUUAAUGUUUUUUGCUUACUCAACACUUCACAAAUUAUACAUAUUAACCUAUCAUUUCUGAGAAUUUGUCAAUGCUGUGUUCAACUUGUUGUUAUUUUAAAGAUAAAUCGUUUAAUUGUAAAUUCUACGCUCUGGGAAUAAAUACCUCAUUAUAUGUGCAA